AUCUAAUACAGAACCGUAGAGGCUCUGCUGACUUGCGGGGCCGACUGCUGGAUAGCGGUUGUCGACUGGACGUAUUUUGUGACGAAAUAAUAGACACGGAAUUAGUCCGCGAUGUGUUGCCUACGAGUAAUCACCAUCGUCAGGCGGCACUAAUUGCUCUUGUUGCUCAGAUUACACCUACGAAACAGACCGCGAUGUUGCCAGACAAAAUGUAAGGCGAGCUCGAAGAGCAACAUGGUAUCCUUGGGGAGCUGGGGAAAAAACUCUACAUCGCCGUCAAAAAUUUACGACGUGGUAACUCCAUCCAAAAGCGCUAAAUCAACGAACUACUUCAACCACCAAGACGGCGUGACACCGAUCCUCGACGGUCGUUAUGGCCUUCGGCGGACGCCAAUCCCUCCUCCGACCGAACUCUAUCAUCGCAUCAUUGCUUCUUUCCAGGCUUGCAUUCGCGACGAGUCCUUGCACGUUCCAGCUCAUGAGGACUCCCUCUCAGAUAUCGACCGAUGAGUUCGAGCGUGAGGAUCCCACCAGGAAUAUUUUGUCGCAACUGCUCAACCGUCCAGUUUUCCAAUUGCUCAACCCCAAGACGGAUUCAGGCUACAUUUUGCAAUUCCAACGUAGAUCUCCCCCCGCGGUAGCGGCUGGUGUCAUAUGCGAAGAAAUGGAAGAAUUAGGUUGGAGCGGCGAAGGUUCCAUUCAAGGCUCUUUCUCGUAUGCUCAGUACUGGACGCAGAAAGACAUCCAAGCUUGUGGCUUAUCUUCUGUUCAUCUCCGUGCUGAUGUAUCACUUCUCCAGCGCGAACAUUUUUUCAAAGCAUGCUGCUACCCUUCGUUCAUUGUCUCCAUUGCAGGACCUUGGAUUGUCAUUCUAGGCGCUGUCUUCCCGACUCCGCCAAUCGUCCAGCGUUUGACCGACUAUCUAUGGCUUGGCAACAGUCGUUCUAAUGACGACCAUGCUCUUCGCCUCGCUCACGUUUUUCAGUCUCUGAGAUUAGCUGUCGACGACCUUGAGAAGUACUACCAGGAGCUUGGACUCUCAGACUCCCAUUCCCUACAGGCCACUCGCUACUUUCCCGACAUAACCGAAUACGACGACAACACGAAAGUCGUCAGAUUCCAAUACCUUCAGCCCCUGGAAAUAGAUGAGUCGUGCAUGACGUUCCUCGCGAAGCUCGACGAGGCGCAUGGAGAGGAACAGGUCGUUGUAAAUUUUGUUGAGCGAUGCGGUGCCGAGGCCCACAGGCUGUUAGCGAGUAAAGGGAAGGCGCCAGCACUAAAGUAUUGCGGUCCGAUUUCCAGUGAUGGCAAGUACUGGUAUGGAUCCCUUCAAAUGGUCGUUAUGGAGUCCCUCCGCGGCCCGACGGUAGCACAGAAGUACGAAGAGAGCAUUGCGGAGACAGUGCGCGAAGCGGUUCGAGGCGCUGUUCGAAUUCUUCACGACCAGUCACUCGUUCAUGGAGAUAUUCGCACGCCAAAUAUUGUGAUCGUUGAUGGUGCGGGAGAUGAAGGGGAGAGGAUGAGGAUCAUCGAUUUUGACUGGGCAGGUGAGCAAGGCAAAGUAAGAUAUCCGCUGCAUCUCAGCAACUAUAUACGGAACACACUGGGAGUCAAAGACUGUGAUAUUAUUACAUUUCAGCAUGACAUGACGAUGGUGGAUGCGUUAUAGUCAUUUCUGCAUGUUGUUUAUUG